AUGCGUUCACUGGAGAAAUUUCGAAUUUUAACUGAAACUAUACUUAGGGAUAGUUCACUUUUUCUGUUGUUUUUAUCUGAUUUCCGCCUCCAGGUUCCAUCGGAAUUCAUCGUGCAAAGGACCAAUGUUGCGAAUCCACCCAGCAUCUUCUAUAUUGUUGACCAGAUGUUGAACGAUGAAAAGCUGCUCAAAAAACAUGGCAAUGUGCUCUCCGGUGUGUAUCCAAGACUGGAAGCUUGGUAUCGGUGGCUGCGUAGAAGUCAGGCUGGAAAGAAGAAGGGAACAUUUAGGUGGCGCGGACGAAACUCGACUACGGUUAAAGAACUAAAUCCAAAAACGCUUGCUUCGGGUUUGGAUGAUUACCCAAGAGCUAGCCAUCCGUCUGAGGAGGAAUAUCAUCUCGACCUUCGUUGUUGGAUGGCCCUUGGAAGUAGAGUUAUGAACAGAUUAGCUCACCUCUUCGAGGAGGAAAAAAAUAAGAAUAAAUACGCGGAACAAGCAUCUGCUCUGGGUGACUACAGCGAACUAAUCCGCCUCCAUUGGAGUGACAGUAAAAAGGCAUUCUUCGAUUAUGGUCGACACAGUGACAAACUGCUUCUUAUAAGGAAGCCCAUUCCAGGAUCUCCUGAACAGUAUUUGGUUGAAAGAUCAGUAGUUCAUGAAGCCAAAGUUGGGUUUUGUGGAAGAUGUAUUUGGGUAUAA